CCAUUAGGGUAAUACUAUACUACCUACGGGUAUUGUUACGGCGUACUAGAUGUACCCUUAUUAAGGAAGCCUUCUUCGCUAAACAACCGAUGUUACCGGUACGCCGAGGAAGAGACGGCUGAUGCUCUCACUAACAUAUAGUUCGCAUUGGGUGACUGUUUUUGGACUGCAAACACUUGAAGCAGUGCCUAGUGCGUAGUUACUUGCGCACACCUUAGUCUCAAAACGGCGAUAGCCUCCGCCUAAUCGGCUUAAAAGUUAGACAACCAACGGGGUUACAACGUCUAACAAUACGCUUUGUGGAAUGCCGGAGAGCAGGAGCGAGCUAGAUAAGAUGGGAUACUUUCUAUUAUAGGGUUGCUUCCCUUGACAAAGCAACAAAUUUGACCGACAGAAUCAGUGCAGACGACGUUUCGCCAUGAUGCCUACAGCGAGUCUUCGUCAGGUUAUUAUAUGCCUCAUGAUGGCGGGCUGGCUGUCAUACGGGCCGCUGGCGACAGCUGCCGACGGCAUCCAAGUCCUAUUUCAGCCUUUGAGCAGCGCCAGUACACUAGAUGAUGUGGCUGUGCCCAACGACGGCUACACGGAUAGGAAUGCGCCUCAGCGCGUCGACUACCGGGACAGGAAUCGCACCACGGCAGACCUUGGACUGCUUGGAGCUUCAACAGGAAUGUGUUCAUACGGAGGUGACUGCGACUUUUGUGCGUAUAGGAACGCAAACCCCUGUCAGGUCUUGGACCGAUAUGGGGCCAACACCACGCUCUGCCAGCUGCCAGGAUUCCUGGGAGGCAGCAUCUCGGAAGAUACGCUCUGUGCCAUGGGAGCCAACGCCGACAUCGUUGUCUCACACAACGAACUCGGCAGCACAAGCAGCAGCAGCAGUGCAUCCGGGUCCAGCGUGACUGCUGCUACGCUGACCGCCUUUCGCACCCGGGACGGCCUGAUGAUGAUUACCGUGACAACCCGCUGUGGCUGGCUGCUGGUGCCCUCCCCCGUCUCAGCAGCAGCAGCCACUGCCUCGUCCUCCGCUUGGAACUCGGCAGGCAGCAACAGCAGUAACAGCAACACCUCACAGCAGCAGCUCAUUUUGCUCGAGGGAAAUGCCACGUACAACGGCAUGGCAUUUCAAUUUGUCGUGCCCUUGCAACAACAAAGCGCAACGGCUGUUUCAGCUGCAGCAGCAGAAGUUACUGAGGAGCGCUACAGCUGUUUCACCGCGGCGUUGCCUCUGCAAGGCCUCACCAGCAGUUGUCAGGCAUUGGAGCUGGGUUUGAACCUGCGACUUGCGCUACGGCACGUGGCACUCGGGGUGAUCGAGGACACCACCACCACAACAACAACAACAACAGCAGCAGGAUCAGCCGAGGAGGGCGCAUAUGAGUACUACGAUGAUGCGGAUGUGGUGUGUGAGACGUCCGGGAGUGUGCAUGAGGCGCAGGUGCAGCUCACUAUGAAGCCUCCCCAGGUCCGACAACGGCUCGAGGCGGUGGUGGCGGCGGCGACGGAGGCGGUCGAGGACUCCCUGCAGUGGCAGGUGCUGGAGCAGCAGCAGGAGCAGGAGCAGGAGCUGCAACAGCUCUUCAGCUACGGAGUUGGCGCAGCCGCCACCUUUGCUGCCACGCUAGACCCCAGGACCUCGGAGUCCUCUGGGUGGCUGCAGUCCCUGUCCAGUCAGUCUCCGCUGGUCUCCACCACCACCACCCGCCAGAGCCUCUCCUUCCUGGUCGGCAGGGUGCAACAAACCACCACCUCCCCUUCCUCAUCAUCAUCGUCGGGUGUGGUGCCGCUGCUGCCUGCAAGCCUCGACCUGCACAAUUGCGGGCGGCAGGCGGUGGAUGCGGUGGCGGCAGCGGUGGUUGCGGCGCUCGCAUCCCAGGGCGUCACAGACAAGCACGUGGCUGACGUGGUCUGCCUCCAGUCGCCCUACUCUACUGUGCCGGCCACAGAGUUGCCGCCCUGUGCAAGCCUGACCUCACUCCUCUUCAACGUAUCUCUGGACAUGCCACUCGGCCUUGCCAUCUCCUCCACCGGCUCCUACUCCUCAACCACCACCACCCCUACCUCCAAUCCAUCAACCGUUUCGUACGGCACCACCAGCAGCAGUACGAACAGCGGUAACGGGACGGAUCCUGCGAAUCUUACAGUCCUGGCCGAUGCCCUGGUGCUUGCCUCCUUUGCUGCUCCGUGGACUUGCGUUUCAACGGAGAGUCAGAUGCAGAUGGAGUUGGAGGUCCACAUCAGCAUGCAACUGCCCAAGGCACCGGGAGUGGAGGAAACCGACCUCCUCGCCGCAGGCAACAAUCUGCUGCCGCCGCCACCGCUGGGCACCUCGGUCGUGCUGCGCCCCCCACCGCCUGUUGCAGCACCUACCGACAAGCAAGGCAGCAUCACCUCACAGCCGCCGCCGCCAACACCCGCCGCCGCCGUCGUCGCUGCUCCUGCUGCUUCCGCCUCCAGCGCUUUACCUGCGAGCUUGGUCAUAGCUGUCGUAUUGGCGUCCGUACUCGCAGCCCUGGUUGCGGUUGCGGCUUACUAUGCCGUACGAAGUGCCGUACGAGCUAAGGCGGCGGAAAAACUCGUUUCAGCGCUGAUGACAGGGGGUGCAUUGGCUGGAGCAGGUGCUGCAGGACAUGCAGCCGCAGCGACGGCAGCGGCAGGAGGAGUAUCCGCACGUGGGAAGGGCAUGUCGGCGUUCGGGUUUGGUUUUGGAUCUGUGUUUUCUUCCCCACAUUCGACUGUCGAUGGCAGCCCCAAUGAGGAGAGCAACAACAACGCCAAUGACAGCCAGCAGCAGACAAAACGUGCCGACGUGCAGGAGGGUGCCCAGCUCUGGGCCUCUACAGGUGCAGCCGGUCUCAGCAACGACACUGCCUGGUCCACUGCAACCGCUGGUGCUGCCACACCGCUGCCCGCUGCGGGAGUUGCGGGGGCCACGGCAACUGUCACUGUUGUCCCCAACAGCAACAGGUUUGCCAACAGUAACGGCUCCUUCCUGCUUCGGUCGCAUCCUGCAGCCCUAGACACGCCUGCACAACCGGAACCCAACCCGCAGCCGCAGCAGCCCCAGGUUCCCGGUUCGACCCCCCGCAUCGACAUUGUUAACAGGAGCAACACCGCAGCCACCAACAGCACCUGCAGCAGCGAAGCCUCAUCGCCCAUCUGUAUAACACCCAACUCGGAACGGCGCGCACACCUGGCGAUGACCCACAUGCCUCCCGACGUCCCCGCCGCAUCCUCGCCCAUCUUGGGUUCUUCCCCAGCCUCGACCCAACCUGCCUCCUCUUUCAUUUCCACAGAUCUGCAUACCGCUGACGCUGCUGCGGGGCCCACCUCCUGCAUAAGCUCCUCCCUGCAGCCGCCGCCGCCCAGCCUUUCUUCCAGCACCACCACCAGAAGUGAGUGGCCGCCCAGUCCUUCCCCCAUCUGCGCCAUGCAGCUGGAUGACGGUACCUCAGAGGCAGGGGGCACUGAAACGACCCUUGGGUCACUCAGCGCCACCUCGCAAUGGAGCCUCAGGAGCUCCAGACGCAGCAGCGGCUCGCGCGCGUAUGCAGCAGGCGGGAUGCUGGCGCGGAGUUUCGGGCUGGCGGGCAGGAAUGCUGCAGGCAGCGCAGGAGGCGGAGGCGGUGCGGCAGGGGCUGGACCCAGCGCUGCCGCAACUGCUGUUGCGCCGCAUGAGGCCGCAACGUUUUGGAAUAACGCGUUGUUUGACGCGGUAUUGUCCGGACCUCGGGGUAAGAAGCAGACGGGCGAGAGCAGCAGUGUGGGCGGUGGUAUCAGCAACAGCAGCGGGAUCACGAGCAUAGCGGGAGAUACGGUUGCGGGUGGGAGAAGCAGGGGCAGCAGCACCAGCGGUGUGCAGCAAGUGGUGGAGGUGGGCAGCAGCAGCAGCUGUAAUGUAGAAGAUGCGGCUUUGGGGGCUGCGGCGGGUAGCAGCGGGGCAAUAGCAGCGGCUGCGGCAGCAGCAGCACUUCCAGCUUCAGGCAGGGUGAGAUCGGCGGGGGGUGGUCACGAAAGGCCGGUGACGAUGUUGCGCUUUCCCUUCAAGCGACGCUCGCCGCAACAAGAGCUGCAGCAGCCUUAUGCUGCUCCUGUAAUGACCCAUGGGUCGGAAGUUCCCGUCCCGCCGCCACCACCCAUGGCGUGUGCAGAUACCACCUCCACGAACUCAGCAGCCGCAGCAGCAGCCCAACUCAGCGCAACUGCCGCCGCCGAGGCCGCCGUUAUCCCCACCACCCUCCCCACCGCUGCCGCCGCCAUUUCCACUACUGCCGAGGGUUCCCUUGCAUGGCGUUCGGCAGUCGCUGUCGCUCCCCUGGCAGCUCACACGGCGGCCUUCCACUCAACCACAGCGGUGUCAACAGAAUCCAGCCCAGCUUCUCCCAGACCCUUGGAACCAGCUGUGGAUAGCGCGCCUUCCUCCUCCUCCCGCAGCCUGUUGUUACAUCGAACCUGGUCUCUACGUGAGCAGCAUCAACAGGCACUAGCCAGGACCUCAGCAACCUCCAGCAGGGCUCUGAGUGGCAGGACGCUGCAGCAGUCCCAGUCCAUGCAGCAGGGAAGACCCAGUGCCCCUGGCUCCGCAUCAGCAAGUGUGAUGUCAUGUCUUGCUGCUAGCAGCAGCAGUAGCACCGGUGGUGACAGUGCAACGGUCCACGCCGGGCCGACUGACCCAUGGGUCGUUCUGCAGCAGCAGCUGCCCGGCGUGCAGCCCUUCCGAGCCAGCAGCAGCAGCGGGUUUGCGGAAACAAUCACGAGGGCUUGGCAUGCCGUGCAGCUGGAUUUGGAGGCGGCUGUUGGGUCUGAGAGCGGGGGUGCGGAAGGAGUCGGGCUUGCCAGUGUGAGUCCGAGCGGGGUGUCUCUGGGCGUUGCACUCAGCGGUGGUUCUGGUGGCUUGCAGCCGGCAGCGUUUGGAGGUCGUUGCUCCUCAGCUCGGCCGAGAGUGGCGCCGGUCGCACCGCUUCUCGGGGACGGUUCUGAGGAAGAAGGGGAGGAGGGCAAGUAGGAGGUGGUGAGGGGCUGUGGGAGGGAGGCGGGCUGCGUGGCAGUGGCCGUGUCCGGAUCGGAAGUGGCGACAUACGAAGGUGUGGCGUCAUGUGGAAUGAGGUUGGUGGUGGGUUGUGGAAAGGGUCCGUUGGAAGAAGAGGUCCGUUGGUUCUUGGCCUGUUGUUUCCAUGGAAGUUGUUUCCAUGGGAAGACGGGAUGGGAUGGAGUUGGACAGAAGUGGUAGGGGGUUGUUUGUUUGCGCACGCAGAGGUUGCGUGUUUGUUCUUCACUGCCAUCCACUGCUCCCAUCGACUCGCCGCGAAGGGGAUCUCUUACGUAUGCGCACCGGGUGUUAUCAUCGCUGUGUGUUAAAAACGCGCGAGUUGUUAUACUGCAAUCAGAACUUGAUGGCUUUCGUGACAAAGAAACCGAGCAAGACGGUGAUUACAAGCCGAUGGUAAUUACCCGUUACACCGUAAGCAAUGAAUCCUGUUGCCAGCUAGCCGCAAGGUCCGCCUCCCAAUUAGGCUUCCAUAGCAUGUGAGGUGUGCGGCUACUAAGUGCCCCGACGCUUUAUUAAUGCCGGUGCCGGAAUUUGGUAUCUGUACGUCUCCGCUUUGACACUUUGUCUUGACGCCGGUUGAAGGUUCCAAUGCGAAAAGUUCUCUCGGACCACUCUCUUUCUUUCUAUCUUUUGGCGGCGUUUGCCGCUGUUCACCGUGCAAGGCUGAUAUCACCGCAUAGGUCGUGAUGACUGGUUGGUUGAUGGGUCACUUACUCGGUGUGUCGUUGACUGACGCCAAUGGCGCUUGUGCACUUUGUAUUUGGCUUGCGAGGCGUCGUGACCUGGGAGAAAUAGUCUGGAGGUCACAGAUCAAUUAAACUCCGACAACUCACGUCCGCGUAGUUUGCGGUGUCUCGUAGCUGUUGCAUGCCUAUUCAUGAUUGCGCCGACUUGGACUGUCCGCUAUUUUGCGCAGUAUUGACACCGUGCGUGUUACAUGACAGCGGGUUGGUUGAACGAAUCGGGCAUUUGACAUUGCAGCUGGAGCUUAAGCUGCUUGCUGUCUUGAUGGGCAGAAAACGACUUCCUGACACAGCGCAGGGGGAUGCACAUUUUCAUAGUAAGGAGAUCUAGGGCACAUGCAGUGCCGUACUUUUUGUGGGUCUGCAUAGAAGGUAUGUUAGGAACGACAGCAGGGCUUUGGUCGGUUUUUGAAGUCGGGGUCUUUGCUGGGGUCAGCAAGGUUGCUCCAUUGCUUAUGGUUGUGGUGAUGGCGAUGUUGAUGCUGUUGUUGUUUGCGGCACCCGGCGGGAUGCAACCUACUUUGAAGAGAUCAUACAGGGGACAUUUGCUUGCUUGGCGUGGAUAAAUGAGGUUUUUUUCAUGCGUGGCGGCUCUGGUUGGGUGUUUCUCUCUUCCAUGUUGUUGGUUGUUUCCAUCUCCGCAUGCGUGCGUAAGAUACACACCAUGCAUGCAUCAAGACAACACGAUUGACAGCAACGACUGACCAAGCAACGAGAACGUGGAUUCUCACGCUCUCUUCCUCCCCGUGCUUUUGACCGACCUAGCGAGACCCCCCCCAGCGGCUGAUACAUGCCGCUGUCUAGCUGAUGUCUGCGUGCCGUGUCCUAGAACGCGCUUUUCUAUUUGUUGAGGGGUUCCGAGAGGCGUGCGGAGCUCCGCGUUAAGUUCUGAGACAAUAUCUUUGUGACGGGGUUGCACGGACGGGGUUGGUUGCCUGGCUAGGGUACCGGCAAUGGUUUCCUGCCGACGGCCCGAAAUGGCCGACCAAGGGGUUUGCAUGCAUUUGUAUGAGACUUCUUUGGUGCUGUGUGGAUGGAGGUUAUCGGCCGCGGCUGGUAGGUCGCAUGGUAGGACGAGGUUUGAAGGAGGGGUUGACGAGCGCCUUGCAAUAUGUCCAGUUCCGCAGGGCAAGCCGGGCGGGGCGGGUGAUGACGUGCGUCUUCAGGAUGUGGAAUCGAAUGCUGAUGAUGAGAGACUCGCUUAUGGGACGUUGCGGCUGGCUUGUUGGGACGAUGAGAGGCCGCGUGUCCUUGCAAUCCGUGAUGGCUAUGUGUGAGGUUCACACCUGUCGUAUUUAUGUGUGACGGUUUAGCUUCGACUUUGGGGUGACCCGCGGGUCGGGAUUCUCAGUGCGCUUGAACCUGAGCUAGUCCCUCCGCGGGGUGUGUGCUGUGUGAAGCGAAAACGAUUGUUGUCGUGCUGCCAGGCUCUUGCGCCGUUGCCAGCGCGCUUUGCUUGCGCUGAGGUGCCACGAGCUCAAUGUGCGGAUGCUACUUUCGUUCCGUGUACUCGGAGUAAGCGCUUGGUGAUUGGCGACGGAGUAUUCAACACAUGCGUGCUUUUUGAAGCCAUGUGUCGGACUUAUUGACCGUUUUGACGUUUCAUUCGCAUUCUGCGGUAUUGUGUAGCCGGCAUGGCUCUGUUUUGAGCUGCGGUGCAAGUUGUUUUGGAUUGGAGUAGUUGGACCGGAUUGGAGUUGGAUAAUUGUUGGAUAAUUGUUGCCCUCUGUCAUCAGUCGUCCAUCCUAGCUAGCACCCUUCAUGAUGACUAACUGCUAUAGCGGCAUUUAGUGUGUUGCUGCGUCCUGUAGCUGACAUGUGUUACGUUGUAUAGCCUGCACCGUCACGUCUGUGACACAUAAGUGCCAAGGCAGCUCCCGGUAACUAAUUGCGUACGUUGCACAGUUAGAAAUACGGUAACAGCGAUGUACGUACAUGGGGUGCAGUACUGCAGUACUGCAGUGUCAAGCGCUGAAAGAUUCGACAUACAUUGUGUGAGAGCGGCUGGGCGACUGGUAUGUCUUACAAGCCCAAAGGUAAUGCACGUUUACGUAUUUCAAGGCGGGUAAAGAGGAUAAUGACGAGCUGU